AAAGCUCUGCUGAAGCCAGCAAAUGGUCAAUGUAUAUAAAGCACAUAUAAUUCUCACUCACAGGCAUCUAGCUCCAAUAGAAAAACUCUGUCCAUCAUGGGAAAGAUCAUCUUCUAUGAAGACAAGAACUUUCAGGGCCGCUCCUAUGAGUGUAGCUCUGACUGCUCUGACCUGUCCUCGUAUUUUAACCGUUGCAACUCCAUCCGUGUAGAGAAUGGUAACUGGAUUCUCUAUGAGGCACCUAACUACAAAGGAUAUCAGUACUACCUAAGGAGAGGAGACUAUCCUGAUUUCCAGCAGUGGAUGGGCUUCAAUGACUCCAUCAGAUCCUGCCAUUUAACUACCCAACAUCGUGGUCCAUUCAUCCUUAAAGUUUAUGAGAAAGAAGAUUUCAAAGGUCAGAUGAUGGAGUUCACAGAAGACUGCCAAUGUGUUUAUGAGAAGUUCCGUUAUCAUGAUAUUCACUCCUGCAAUGUCCUCGAUGGUCACUGGAUGUUCUAUGAAGAGCCCAACUAUAAGGGACGUCAGUAUUACCUGAAACCUGGAGAGUACAGGAGAUUCACUAACUGGGGAGCCAACAGUUCUAGGGUUGGGUCUUUCAGGCGUGUCCAGCAUCUUUAUUAAACAAUACAUAGGAGAUGAUUUGUUCUGAAACUCUUCAUUAAAUUUCUCUGGUAGAAACAAAAA